AUGGCAAACAAUAUUUUGUCAAAGAUUGGCGUUUUUAGAAUAGCCCCCGUAAUAUUCAACCAGCAUUCUCGCACCACAACCUCUAAACAUUGGAUCCCUAAGUUUAAAAAAUUGAGGGCUCAAAAAGUUCUCAAAGUCGAACUUCCUGAUUCCAAUGAAGUUGUGAGUGAGAUGACGCCAGAGAAAAUGCGACAGAAAAUGAAAGAGAGGGGAAUACUUCCUCCUAGACCUUGGAUGGAGAGACCUUUCUACAUUUCAGCUACAGGGGGAGUGUUUGAGGCUUAUGUGCCACCAGAAGGGGAUGGCAAAGCAUCCAUUGUGUCCACCACACGUGCCAAGCAGACUGUACAGCUUUUAGAGAAAAAAUCAAAAUCCAUGAUGGCUAUACGUAAAAUAAAAUCUUUUGAAGAAGAUUUUGAUCGAAGUAUAUUUGUACAGAGAGCUCAGGAGAUGUACAUUAAAGCUCAUGAGUGCCUAGCCAAUAAUGAUAAAAGAGGGUUAAGAUUGUAUGUGACAGAGAAGGCAUAUCCUGAGUUCAGACACAAUAGCAGCAUGAAGACUAUUAGGUGGAAAUUUAUCGAAUCUCUUGAACCCCCGACAAUUGUGCAUGCGAGAUGUACUGAUGUAGUCAGCAAGGAAAAUAUAUUUGGACAAAUCACAGUUCGAUUCCACACUCGCCAACAACUAGCUGUAUAUGACCGCUUUGGACGCCUCAUCCAUGGAAGCGAAAUCCUCGCCAAAGACGUUUUGGAAUAUAUCGUUUUUGAGAAACAUCUAUCAAAUUUAUAUGGGACCUGGCGCAUUCACGACAAGAUCAUACCUGACUGGACAGCACCCAAAGAACCCUCGAAGCUGACCAAGAUCAUGCCAGAACCAGAACCUGAGAUUGUAAAGGUUGAGACUGAAGCGGAACAACCAGCCAUUGCCGACAAGUGA